AUGCCGCCUCGUUCGUCCUUGACCUCUUCCUUCUCCCUCAACGACUCCAGCAACAACGAAGUCGUCUGCCCUCUGAGUAAUCGGGAUGGCUCCAGCUGUCGCAAACGAUGCAUCGGCGAGAAGCGAUAUCGCUCCAUGCAGGAGCAUAUCCGCCGCGCGCACCCGCUGCAUUACAUCUCCAAGCUUCCCGCCACCGAGGAGAGCUUUCUCCUCAUGAUCAAGACGGCCCCUCAGGAGCGUCCCAAUGGUGGCCAGCCGUCAUCAUCGGCCGCGCCAGGCAUGUUCGACCAAUCCCCCGCCGUCCCGUGCGACGCUGACGAUGGACGCCCGCCCGCAGGCUUGCGUGACGGGAGCAACAGCUACUAUCGCGACGGCGCGAGCAAUCCUGGAACGCCCCGCCAUGGAGACGAGUUCACCGCCGGCGGUGGCUCCAUCAUGGGCACCGCGAGGGCCGCCGCCGCUCUGGCCCAGCUUCACAACGUGAAGUCGGAGAGGGACGUGAACAUGGACGGCGUACGUGACGCCCCCGCCGGCCCGCCCUCCACCAGGGGCCUUGGCCGCUCCUCUCCCCUCCAACCGCACGACGUGCUGACAUGCGGCCGUCGCCAUCUACAGGGCUACACCUCCGACGUCGAUGGACGGCGCCUCCCGCGGAGCUCCAUCGAACUGCCUCCCCUGAACCUCCCCCACAAGGGCAUUACGAGCGCCCCCUACCCGCCUCCGGGGCAGCGCGAAAACCUGCCGUCGAUCAUGGCCGAAUCGCCGCCCGGACGCUCGUCCACGCUCCCUCCUCUCCAGCGAUCCGUCGGACCCAACAGGCCUCGGAAGCAGUCGGUGACGAAGCGAGGGCGGGAGGGCCACCACAAGAAGAAGAACUCGCGAGGAUCCGCCGCCGACUGGCUGCGCCGCAUCCAGAACGAGGACCGGAUGAGGCUGGCGGUGAGCGACCGCAAGGCCGCCUCGGCCGAGCCGUCGGCCGACUACGGGAAGCGCUGGGAGGACCUCAUCGACGCCGCCGACCAAGCUGCCUCGGCGGCUGGAGACGUGGAUGAAGACCGAACGCCGGUAAGAGAGCACUCCCAUCGCCUGGCGCGUGCGCGAGGUUCGCCUCGUAGGAGGCAGCGCGCUGACGGCGGCGUCGCCACGCAGAUGCCCCGAUCGCCCAUUUCCAUCCAUCAGGCGUCGUUGCCGCCCCUUCACCACCACCACCACCAGCCCGGCAACUACCAGGCGUCGCCCCUGCAGCAGGCCCUGACGCCGCCGUCGUACAACCAGGACGGCGCCGACCCCUUCCCGUCGGUCGAGAGCGGCGAGAGCGGCGAGAACUUCCACAUGGGCCCGCGCGGAUUGUCCGACUCGUCGCCGAGCUUCACCUCUUCGCAGCACAUCCACAUAUACUGCGCCGCGUGCCACGGCGUCUCGCAGCUCAAAGGCUCGUACGCGUGCACCGAGUGCAUCUGCGGCCUGUGCUCGGCCUGCGUCGAGAUUCUCAUGGCGGAGCAGGGGGCACGAAGGAAGUGCCCUCGCUGUGCGACCAUCGGCGGCCGGUUCAAGCCCUUUCAGCUUGAGAUUCGAUGA